CACAGCUGAUCACGUGAUGUGGUAAAAGGCCAAUCACAGCGGCCUUUUACCACGUGAUCAGCGGUGUUCAAUCACACGCUGAUCAGAGGGAAAUGCAAGUGCCGGUUCUCGGCUGCACUUUCCUCACGCUGUCAGAUCCGAUCAUCAGUGCCCUGAUGAUCGGUGCCCAGCAGUGGCACCCGCAAGUUCCGCCCACCUGUGCCCAGCAGUGCGCCCAUUAGCUCUGCCCACCUGUGCCCAGCAGAUCACCCACCUGUGCCCAGCAGUGCACCCACCUGUGCC